AUGGCAGACACCCGGCUUAAACCAGCGAUUCUCAUCGUGUCGGACACGGCCUCUCAGGACCCAUCAACAGACCGAGUCGCUGAUACCCUUACGAGUUUAUUUUCGUCCGAGGGAUCGAGCAGCUGGGAGAACCCGGUUACCAAGAUCGUACCCGAUAAUGUGCUGGAGAUCCAACGAGCCAUCUGUAACUGGGCAGAUGGACCAGAUUGGGUAAACCUGAUCCUCGUUAGUGGUGGCACUGGGUUUGCAGUGAAGGAUAACACUCCGGAGGCUGUAUCACCUCUCAUCCAUCGCCAUGCAUCCGGUCUUGUACACGGCAUGAUAGACGCCUCCUUAAAGAUCACUCCCUUCGCCAUGAUGUCUCGACCAGUUGCUGGGGUGAGAGACAAAUCAUUGAUCAUUACCUUGCCGGGGUCUCCUAAAGGCGCCAAGGAGAAUCUCGAAGCAGUCAUCAAGCUACUUCCCCACGCGUGUACCCAAGCGGCCGGAGCCAAUUCCCGGGCUCUCCAUGCAGGGGGUGUUAAGAAGCUAGAAGCCGACGCUGGCGUUUCAUCCGGAAGCAAACAGCCAGAAACACAGACAGGACACUCCCAUUGUCACCAUCACCACCACCACCAUGACCACUCCCAUGGUCAUGGACAUGUUGUCCCGAAAGCACACACUUCGCCGUCGGAACGACCAAACUCGAAUGAUCCCAAUGCCGGGCCAAAUAGGCGAUAUCGAUCGUCUCCAUAUCCGAUGCUUUCUGUUGAUGAAGCACUGCAGUUGAUUACGAAGCAUACUCCUGAACCGGUCGUUGUUGAAGCCCCGGUGACCACGGCUUUGGUCGGGUCUGUCAUUGCAGAAGAUGUAUAUGCUGCUGAGGCGGUUCCAGCCUACCGAGCCAGCAUCGUUGAUGGAUACGCUGUGGUUGUCCCCGAGUCGCCGGAUCUUGGCCCCAGUACGAAGGGCAUCUUCCCCGUGGCAUCGAUUACUCAUGCCAAUUCUGGGGGCGCUCUGGCACCGCUUGAACCGGACAAUAUUGCGAGAAUCACAACAGGAGCGCCUCUUCCGCCAAAUGCGAAUGCCGUUGUGAUGGUUGAGGACACCGUACUGGCGUCCUCAACCCCCGACGGUAAAGAGGAGGCAACCGUGGAGAUCUUGACGGGCGACAUUAAACCAAAGGAAAACGUACGCGAGCCAGGUAGCGACGUCGCACUGGGCUCAAAGAUUCUUCGAAAGGGAGACUUGAUCACCUCUGUCGGAGGUGAAAUAGGGCUCUUAGCGGCCACCGGCACGAGGACGGUCAAGGUAUACAAGAAGCCCUGUGUUGGAGUUCUGAGUACCGGAGACGAGCUGGUAGAGCACGACGACCCAAGCAAGCUCUACGGGGGACAGAUUCGCGACUCUAACCGGCCCUCACUUUUGUCUUGUCUUGCUUCCUGGGGGUUCCCAACAGUCGACCUGGGCAUUGCUCGCGACACACCCGUAGGCGAACUUGAGCACAGCCUCCGAGACGCUCUCCGAGGAGUCGGAAAAGCAAACACCAGCGUCGACGUGAUCAUCACCACCGGCGGCGUAUCAAUGGGCGAGCUCGAUCUACUUAAACCCACCAUUGAGCGUUCUCUCGGCGGCACCAUCCAUUUCGGUCGAGUGUCCAUGAAACCCGGCAAACCGACCACUUUCGCAACGGUCCCAUUCAAAGCCUCCUCAUCAACGUCGACAGCGUCAGCACAGCAAGAGCGUGAGACGAAACUUAUUUUCUCGCUCCCGGGCAACCCCGCCUCGGCGCUUGUCACUCUGAACCUGUUCGUUCUUCCCUCUCUCCACAAACUGAUGGGAAUGGGUCAAGGAGAGGUUUCGGCGGGCGUGCUGCCUACAUUCGGGCUACCUCUUGUCUCUGUCUCCCUCUGCCAUUCAUUCCCGCGCGACGCGAAACGCACCGAGUAUCACCGGGCCAUUGUGACGGCGUCUCACUCCGAUGGACGACUCUAUGCAACUAGCACGGGCAUGGAAGGCGUCGGUCAGCGGAGCUCGAGGGUAGGCAGCCUUGCGAGCGCGAACUCGCUCUUGGUACUGCAGCCGGGAAGCGGCAAGGCUGAACAGGGCGCUUUGGUAGAGGCUCUGAUGUUGGGUGCUGUUGUGGCUGAGGAACCAGUAUUUGGAUAG